AUAGCAAAACACGGCUCUGGAACGGGGUUUCUGUUUAAUAUACAGUGAAAAUACACUGAAAAGCUAUAACACUGUACAACCGAACAGCUGCCCGACCAACGAAAGAUUAUCACAUCCUGGAAGGUUCAUCAGCCGCAAGCCAAGAGUGUUGUGUAUAUUGAGGAGAAAGAAAAGAACGCUUCUGCCGAAUGGCGAAUGUUGAACGAGACGACAACAUGCUGAACGAAGAGCAGGAAUCGUCUCAAUCGAACAGCAGUAACGGGUCGAGUGGCGUCGUCCAACCGUCCUCUGGCUUCCAACUUAAAUCGAGCAUCCUACGCCAGUCCACGUUCGGUGGCUCGUCUUUUCUCGGUGGUGGAUCUUCGUCCAGCAACAGCAUAUCGCCAUCCCCGUCCAUCACUGGCUCGGGUGGUGGCAGCGGCAGCGGCGGUGGCGGUAUCUUGGGCAACAGCUUCAAUCUCAAACCGAGCGUGCUAAAACCAUCCCAACUGAGCUUCGGUGGCAUCGGUGCCAACAGGGAAGGCAAUGGUGCAGACAAGAACGGAAACGAUCCUGUGGCACCACCGUCGGUGGCGUCGAAUCCGUUUCUUAAAAUGCAAAACAGCGAAGACGACCACACCGAGAACGAAACCAGCGAUUCGAAGGACGGUUCCGCCGGUGGCAAAGGAGACAGCAAUAGCAACAGCGUCGAUCCACUGGCAAAGCUAAAGAGUGCUUCCCUGCCGAAGUCGAACCUGUUCGCGAACGUUGGCAAAUCCACGCUUAGUGAAGCUUCCGGAUUUGUUUUCGGGCAGAACGUGCACGAGCGAGUGACCGGCGAAAACUUGGCCAACACGGGCGCAGGAAACUCUCUUCCGACGACGGGGUUUUCGUUUGCCACAAGUGGCACCGGUGAAACAGGAAGUGUUGGAGGAGGUGGAGGAGGAGGAGGCAGCGGUGGUGAUAGUGGAACUGCAUCCGGGGCGGCUGCCACGGGAGGCUCGGCGACGGGUGCAGCACCGAGCGGAAAGGACGGAUCCGAUUCAUCUGACGGUAGUAGCCGUGAGCCGAGGGAUCGCGAGAGUUUGGAGGAAGCGGCCAGAAGGUAUGAGGAAAGUCGCGGUGCCCUGAAGCGUAAGUACGAGGAAGUGGAAACAAUCACCGGCGAGGAGGACGAGCGGAACGUGGUAGAGAUUGUAUGCAAACUAUUUGCAUUCGCCAAAUCGAACUGGGAGGAACGUGGUCAUGGCAUGCUGCGAUUGAACGAUAAAGAUAACAACGAAUCUCGCGUCGUGUUUCGACAGUCGGGCAAUCUACGCGUUCUCAUUAACACCAAGGUCUGGUCUGGCAUGAUCGCCGAACAACCGAGCCAGAAAAGCUUGCGUCUAACAGCAAUCGACAGCACUGGGCAAAUCAAAGUGUUUCUCGUGAUGUCUCGGCCCGAAGUCAUUACGAAGCUGCACCGGGAGCUAACGAAGCGUAUCGAAACGGCAAAGCAGAUGGCUGAACAGGAGGCGGCGAAAGAAAACAAGGACGAUAAUCAACCGCCGCUGCCUGGAGCAGUCAGUGGCGAUGGCGACGACAGUAUAGCGGUAGAUGGGUCAACGGACGACUCCCGAACGGCUCCGGAUCCCGAGGACAGCCCCACUACCGCUGAGCCGACCGCUAAGAAGCGCCACAGCUUAUCGGCUCCACCAUCGUCUUAAGUUUGUGUGAUGUGUGCGUGUUUUUUUUUGUUUGUUUUCGGCUUCAUUAACUACUAGCGGGUUUUUUUCCUAUUCACCUUAAAGCGAUUUCCCGAUCACCCCAUUCAGUGGGCGAAAGAGAAAAGCGUGGUCACCGAUAGAUGGGCAGAUCGACACAUGUUGCUGGUAGUAAAUGUUAACUGAAAAGUUGAUCAAUUCAAAGUCGAGGAGUUGUGUCCAUUAUUCAGACGCUGCCCGUGACAGUCGAGUAAAGUAAGCAAACGUUAAACCAGAAAAAAUACUAUGCACACAGGUUGCUCGCGAAAAACGGAAAAUGAUGAUAGAUGAAAUCGCGGAUGAAAGGGUGGGAAAAUCGAUUUUUUAAAAUUCAACAAAAACACGAGCAAUCUAAACUGUGCUAGGCAGUAGGGGGAAAGUUUUACAAAAUGGUCGCUGAUGAAAGUAGCAAAUGCAGUGGUAACGCUGAUUUCGAUAGUCCAUGCCGUUUAACCUUAAAAAAUCUGUACUCAAUUAUGGCUCUUACAGCACCAGGAUGAGAAGAGUGGGUACAUGCGAAAGAAUCCUCCGCCGAUAGUCAGUGGACUAUUUUUAAUUUUCGCGAUACAAUCGGCGCCAUGUACACAAAAUGGAAACGGCGGAGUAGAGUGGAUAGUGAAAAAAAUACCUUGUAGCAAAGAUAUUGCUUCCAGGUGGAAACAAUAUUCUAACGUGAAGAGUAACCUUUGCGAUGUGUUCACGUGCCCUGUGAAGGGGAGGCGACUAGCGCUUGACCGGCGCCGUGUCGCUUUCCGUGGGGUCCUAGGGUUGUACAUUUAGUUCAAAGAGAAACAGGGUGUUUGCUUAUUUCUAAUAGACCAUUUACCGUGUUGUGCUAGUUUGAUACUUGCCACCUUUCGCCCUUGAAUGUAUAUUCGCGUGUGCCAUUGUGAGGCACUAUUUGUGAGAAGGAGGGAACCGAGUGGAGCGCACAGUACCUUCGAAUGACUGUGAAUGACGGCAACGAUGGAGAUUUUGAACCCUUCACACUUACUGUAUGUGCGAUGCUCCCAGAUACACUAUUUUAUUCUUUUAUGCUACUGUUGACAUCAUCCUGUUGACCCCAUGUGGGGAAUUGGUUUGAUUGGUUCACGGGGGUGAAAAUCGCCUGCAACUGUUUAGCUGGUACUGAAUUGUAUGAUAAUGCCGGUAGCAGAAGAAACUGA